GCGUCUAGAUACCAGAAAUCUGCAGCUUGUUGAAUGCAGAGACCUCGCGUGCUCAUUUAAUAAGGGUUUAGCCCAAAAAGCGUAACAUUUGAGAACAUUAGAAACACGAGAUAAUGACAAGCACAACUUUCUAAUGCCAUUUGACUGAAAUAAUGUUUGGUACACGAGUCCAGCCGUUCGCUUAAACUGAAACUGAAGCCGUUGAAGGAAAGGGUCAAAAACGUAUUUUCCAUUAUGUUCAAAUUCAGUUUCAGGAGGGAGAAAGACAAGGAGUUUAAGCAUAUAGCUCAUGGUUUGAUCCCUGCUGCCUCCAUCGCCCCCAAGCCUGCUGUGCCUCGUACCCCGCCCCCCCACAGCCCAAACCCCUCACCUGAGAGACCCAGAUCAGCCUUAGCAGCAGCCAUCUUGUCUUCUUCGCUCACUGGACAGGCGUGGGCCCUCCCCCCUGUCCGGCCGAGGUCUUUCUCUGAGAGCGGCCUAUCAGAGUCCUUCAUAUCUGAACCAAACAUCAGUACAGCACUUUUCAACAGAGACAGAUGGUCAGAAGAUUUGGCUAGCCGACCACGCCUCUCCUCCCCUGACCUAUCAGAGGAAGAAGAGUUGCAGGACGAGGACGAGGAAGAGCAGGUGGGGAGUGAAGAUGAGCGGGAAGAACAUGUUUACCAAACUCUUGGCAAAGGACAUAAUUGUCCAUUCACAGAACCUGUCUAUUCCCUGCCACUAAAACACAAGACUAGUACACCGCAGCGGAUUCCGAUGUCUGGCAGAAGAGUGCCUUCUCCAGAUCUCCCUGAGGAAACCGUUUUCCAAUCUCCAGAAGCCAGCGCUGAUUACUCCAAGAAGAAAGCGCCUGUCAGGAAAAGCCCAAGAAGUUUGAAAAAAGACGUGCCAUCCGCGCUACCCAUCCCCACCACAAACCAAUCCAGCCAAUCCAACAUCUCUAAACCCCCCAUCCAACAGUCUCCAGGGCCCAUUAGGGCGAGCAUCGAGGGGCAGCGGGAGGCAGCGUGGGCCUCGCCAGAGAACAACGUGAGAAUGGUAGAUGAACAAAAGCUGCUGGAGGAGCGGCUGCAGCGGCUGGAGCAAGAGAUCAGUAACAGCCAAUCCUCGACCAACGCAAGGUCAUCUGCAGGCAGCCAUGCAGAGCUGCUGAAUCUGAGGCAACACGCUCAGGAGCUGGUGGAUGAAAAUGAUGCCCUCAAACUGACAGUUCACCGCCUGAAUGUGGAGCUGAGUCGCUACCAAACCCAGUUCAGACCGUUGUCCAAACAGGAGAGCUCCAGAAUCAGCAGCUUACCAAAGACAGACUCCCCUCCUCCCGGGCUGCUCGACAUGAAGUAUUUAUCUCCCCUGCUGCUGGCCUAUGAGGACAGGAUGAGCGAGAAAGAUGCACUUCUGCAAACCACUGAG